AUGGAGGGGCCUCGCUCUGGGGGAACCGCCUUCAUGAUCACGGUAUCCCCUACGCCAGGAAGUUAUGAUAUGAGUUAUGGAGGGGACGGCUCGUACGCAGUCCCCACUACCAAAAAUUACGCGUCCGAGUUAUCCACAUUAGGGAUAAUCACAGAGGUCAACCCCGCCGCAGUGCAAUGGAGGGGCCUCGCUCUGGGGGAACCGCCUUCAUGA